UGAUUCAUCAUUAGAGAGUAACUAUUCCCGUUUCAUUAUUUUCUUUUCUCUAUCUUUUAAUAACAAUCAGGAUGACAACUUCCUGAGAUCUGCACAGAAAUAUUUCAUGGAGGCAUUGGUGAGAUGAUAAUUAAUUAGACCGCCAAUAAGAACUAUAAAGCUCUAUACAUCUGUCUCAUCCUAGUAUGGGAUCCUUUAGCAAUAUGGAUCUACUACCCCACUACAAUGAGUCAAAUUCAAAAUUUUCAGUCUCGCAUAAAAGUGUCUCACUUCUAUAUCACUGAGCUUGCAUCCAAUGGUGUACACGUUUAACUUCAUUCAAUUCGCUGUAAUGGACGACCAUCUUGCAUUCCCUGGAGUAGAUAACUGUCUGAUACUCAAUACACUUAGGCUUCAUUAGUCAUAGCUUCUCGCUAGAACUCCGUGAAUCACAUCUUUAAGGAAAUCACUAAUGAGCAGAUGACUAUUGUCAGUGUAUGGUUUUGUGGAGAUAGUGGUGAAUCGUUCCAAUAUGCAAUACAGUUCUGUACUAAAUUACUCUCAGUUAGAAACUAGGAUGAUUCUAUACCUCUUAUAUCGUUGGUGAGUACUUAGUACAUGUAACUUAAUUUCAGGGUUUUCUGCUGAUUACUAUCGGUAACGUAACAUCGGAACUUAUUGUUCGAAGACCAAGACAGUUCCUCACAAAGUUGUCAAAAAUCCAAGAAAAUACUGAAAAUAUCUUGUCCAAUCAGAGUUCUCUGGAAACUUGCAGGGGAAGAAUUAGGUUUUUAUUAUUUAUGCUAGAAAACUACCGACAUUUUUACCAAUUUUAGCACAUUAUUCAGGAGCUUCUCGAAUCAAAUGGUCACAUAUAAUCCUAUAAAUACCUUUCCUUUUUUUAUGCACAAACUAAGUAAUGCUUCUUCCGUACUUCCCGUCUUUUGUUUUCUUUUUACUGUUCAAGAGUAGGAGAUUUCUUAGGAAUAAUAAGCGGUUAAGAAGUCAGUGAAUUAACGUUCACAUACAAGAACUAUUACUUAGUGAAUGCGGCGUCUCAUCAUCUAGAUCAGUGUAUAGCAACUCACGCGCAAUUGAGUUGUUUCACAUUUAAUUCGGUUAAGUCAUUUUGUUAACUUAUUAACGAACUGAGUCAUCCAUACAAUACCAACUUAUCUAUAUCAUUGUAUAUUUAUUAUUGUUGCGAAUGUAUGAACAUGUAUUCUUGAGCAUUGCCUACUGCCUAUGCAUUUAUUCACGCUGCUAGCCUUGCUACUAACCGUUUAAUUGAUUCGAUGAUUCAUUCAUUUCACUAUGUAUAUAUAUGUUCAUGUUAUUCAUGUUCAUUGCUUUCUCUAUCGCUUAAUUGUACUCGCUUACUCGUACUCAUAUUCGCUGACUCACUCGCUCGCUCUCUUGCCUGCUUGCCUUUCGGCACAAUUCUUUCAUGCUUGUUUGACGCACCUGUAAUUUUGGAUAUCUGUGUGUGGUCCCAUAAUAAACAUAAUCAACACUUCGUAUUCGCCUUCUGAUUAAUAUACCGUUGGGGCGUUAUCUAGUGACGGUUAUCAAGACGAACUGUAUACGAAGUUUAAGGAUUAUAUGGAAUACCGACCACCACAAGUGAUUAGAAUGCAACAUUAUGAAUAGAAUUCUAUUAGCCCUAACUAAUCGACAAAAUGACACUGGUCAGUAUUCAGAGAUCAGUCAAUGUAUAUAUAUAAUCUUUCAUUACGAUUUGAUCAACGUACUAUAAAACACUGUUUAUUGAAUUUUAGAUUGAAUUAACUCUUAAAAAACCUACUUUAUCAGAACUUACUCAUUAUUACCGUUUGAAUCGUUUAAUUCAAGUGAUUAAUGAAACUUAUCAUUUCUAUGAACAUUUAAUUAAUCAAUUAAAAUGGUUACAUACAAUGAUUAAAGAUGAAAGUAAUAAAAUGAAUUUUAUCAUUGGAAGUAUAUUAAAAUAUAGAAAUCAAAAUAGUAAUGGAAUACCAGUUGUAUACUACAUAUUCAAGAUAUCCAACAUAAUGGUUGAAAUAUGUGAAUCAAGAAAAUCAUGCAUAUCAAAUAUUAUAAACAAUCGAAUGGUUGUUGAAUAUAAUGAUAAUAAUAACUUGAUGAAUUCAACUAUUGAUUUGGAAAUAUUUAUAUCGGAAUUACAUGUUUUAAUGGAUUAUUUCUUUGAGUAUUUAUGUUAUUUCAUGGUGAAUUUACGUAAUCAAAUUUCAGCAAAUGAAAAUUUCAUUCGUUCUUUUACUUCAACUUCUUUUACAAUGUCAAUGAAAUCAUCCAACGUAUCAUCAUCGUCGUCGUCGUCGUCAUCAGCAUCAUCGUCAUCAAGAAUGACAUGUCCAGUGAUUACAUCAAAUUCUAUAUCGAAAUUGAUUGAUGAUCUAAUAGAUAUUGAAUCUCAUAUGCCUAUGAAAUAUAAUGAACAAUAUACUGAAGCACAAAAACGUUUAUCAAUAAGAAUCAAUCUACAAGUUAAUAAAAAUAAGGAAUGAAUAAGUCCGAUUAUUUUCUAAAAACCUACAUUUAAUAAUAAUGAUAUGUCUUAGAAACAGUUGUAUAAUGUAUUCUGUUCUUUUUAAUAUUCUCCUGUAUAUAUAUUCUAGCUAUUAAAAUAAUGUUGAAGUUGGUAAAAACAAUCUUGUGUAAAACCAAAGUGUAACAUUGUAUUGGGGGUGGGGCUGACUCGAAAGUAAUUAAGAAGAUUUGUAACUCAGGAGGAUAUUUUCAGAGGUUGUAAAACAAUUCCCAUAUAUAUACGGAUUCUAUGUAACGAAAUUUCUUUAUUUCUCUUUGUAAGUAAUACUUUGUCUAUAACCCUUCUGUACAUUCAUACUUUAUGAUUUGUUUGAAGUUAACAUUUGAUUGAAACUAGUCAAAAGGUUGACAUCAAAUCAGCAUUUGUAAUGUUAUUCAAAAGCCUUCACGGACGUAUACUAAGGUUUAUUGAAGCCUUGACUAUACGGAAAUUGAAACCACCUUUAUAUGUCCAAAAACAGUUUGUCCUAACACUUAACCUACCCUGGUAAUACUGAUUUAUUAUCCAGACUGUUAAUCACAUUGUUUUUGUGUACUAUAUUAUUAUUAUUUCUUACCUUUAACCUGUCUAGUUGACCUUUUGAUUUUCAUAUAAAAAUGUCUUAACAAGUAUGUAAUGUGUGAUCAGAUUGUUCGAA